UCCGGUUCCGUGUGGUGGCGGCUCAAGGUCGGAGCGGCGGCGCGGUGGAGACUCUGCCCGGGAGCGGGCGGACUGAGGCGGCGGGGCCCGAGGCCGAGCCGGAGCGAUGGAGGCCCCGGGGCUGGCAGGCGACCCGCACCUGCAGCAGUUCAUUGAGGUGGAGAGUCAGAAGCAGAAGUUCCAGCAGCUGGUGCACGGGCUGACCGAACUGUGCUGGGACAAGUGUAUGGAUAAACCAGGCCCGCGGCUCGAUAGCAGAACAGAAACCUGCUUGGUUAACUGCGUGGAACGUUUCAUCGACACCAGCCAGUUCAUCCUCAAUCGACUGGAACAGACACAGAAAAGCAAGAUGUCUUCAGAAAGCUUGAGUGACUGAUUGGACGGUCAAGUGGGAGAGUUGGUGAUACCGCAGAUCGGCCGUAUCAUACGGGCACAGUAUGGAACGGGCACCAGAGCUCUCCAGUGGUGGCGGGAGGUACUGGAGCAGCUCCACUGGACUUGGUAACCCAGAGCUACUCUUAAGCGGAUCUUAAAUAAUGGUAAUGUGUCUCUGAGGCUGAGUCCAGAUACUAUCCUGAAACAAAGCAUGGUGGAAUUUUUUUAAAAUAAAAUCGUCCACAAUCAUAACAAUCGAA